AUGUCAGUUUUCAAAACAGAAUCUACAAUCACCACUUUUGGUGGUAAAUUGCUUAAAUUAUCACAUCAAUCAAAGCAAACACAAACUAAAAUGGAUUUAAAUGUUUAUUUACCAAAAACUUAUGAAAAAUCAGCUAAAAAAACUGUUCCUGUCUUGAUCUAUUUAUCAGGUUUAACUUGUACUCCAAACAAUGCUUCAGAAAAAGCUUAUUGGCAACCACAUGCUGAUAGAUAUGGUUUUGCUAUUGUCUUCCCAGAUACUUCUCCAAGAGGUGCAAAUGUUGAAGGUGAAGAUGAUUCAUGGGAUCAUGGUACUGGUGCUGGUUUCUAUGUUGAUGCUACAACUGAUAAAUAUAAAAACAAUUAUCGUAUGUAUUCAUAUGUUCAUGAAGAAAUUCAACCUUUAUUACAAGAUGAAUUUGAAAAUUUAAAUUUUGAAAAUGUUUCAAUUACUGGUCAUUCAAUGGGUGGUUAUGGUGCUUUAUCUGGAUUUUUACAAAAUCCUGGUAAAUAUAAAUCUGUUUCUGCAUUUUCACCAAUUUCAAAUCCUAUUAAAGCUCAAUGGGGUGAAAAAAAUUUUGGUGCUUAUUUAGGUGAUGAUAAAUCUGCUUGGGCUAAAUAUGAUCCAACUGAAUUAUUAGCUAAAUAUGAUGGUCCAACUCCAGAAAUUCUAAUUCACGUUGGUAAAGGUGAUCCAUUUUAUUAUAGAGAUUAUCAAUUAUUACCAGAAAACUUUUAUGAAGCUUCUAAAGGUACAAAAUUUGGAGGUAAAGUUAACUUAAAUUUAGUUGAUGGAUUUGAUCAUUCUUAUUAUUUCAUUAGUUCUUUCACUGCUGAUCAUGCUAAACAUCAUGCCAAAUAUUUGGACUUAAUUUAG